GGGUAACUAACUUACUUCAUAAUAAUUGAUUAAUAUUAUUGCCUAAGCUUCCUCGGGGUAUGGAUGAAUGAAAUGAGCGCGUGUUUUCCGGACCCUACCCUACCCUACCACCCAAACUACAGAAUCUUGAAAACAAGGAAAUGAUAAAGGGAAAAUAAUAAACAAAUAAAGAACCUUGGAAAGGAAGGCAAAUACAUCAGCGGGGAGACUCGAGCUUGGUGUCGAAUCACACAAGUCGGAUAUUCCCACCAGGCCUUGGUAUCUGAGGCUCAUGCGUUCUGCAAACCACUGAUCAUGUCCUCCUCCUCCUCCUCCUCCGAAGAAGAAGAAGAAGAAGAAGAAGAAGAAGAAACGUGGCAGCAGAACAAGACAGUUAAACAGUGAGCUACCGCGUCAAUCAAUUGAAGUCGGCUAUUCAUGUGCGUGCAGCACACACAAAGGGAUAAUGGAAUACAUUAUUGGGUGCAAUCCCGAAUCACAGAGGGAUAGGAUAUCACGCGAUCCAGCCAGCAACUCUGGAUGGGGCUCGGAUACCCUUAUGGCACCUGCAGCCUGUGAGUCCACACCGCGACGAGAGAUGAAGAAGAUGAUGAAGAAGAUGAUGAUGAUGGUGAUGAUGAUGAAUGAUGCAGGAGAAAAAGGCAUGGUUAGUGGCACCAACAGAGAUACAAUACGGGUGAACUCUUUUGUCCUGCAUUGUGAUCCUAGUCACUAUACUAUCUAUCGCAGAUUCGAGGGUUUUGCUGCGCAUGUCAGGCCCGAUCCUUCAAAUGCAGAGAGAGGAGAGAGAGAAAACUGUGUAACCACACAUUGACUCCUGGAUCUAUUUAUAUGUACGAAUGCGUAUCCAAGGAAGAAUGAAAGACAUUACGGAGUACAGUACAGGGCGCCGGCUCUUCUUUGACUUUGGAACACGAAAACUACUGUCGCUUUAACCGUGGUGGCUCGGGUGACGAUAAUUCGAUGUAGUUCCUAUUUUCGCUGGCCCGAAACCCAUAUGUGCUUCCUGCUACAAUAACGUAUACGUAAACGUACCGGUCUGAGCCGAAAUUUUUUCUUUUAUUCAUUGGAAAAUGGAACAUACGUUAUAAAGGUCGAUUGGUCGGAAUUUUUUUUUUUUUUUUUUUUUUUUUUUUUUUUUUUUUUUC